UUAGUAACACAUAAAUAAGUGAUGGUUACCGGCUUCUAGAAAUGAAAACAAUGUGGCCCCUAUCCUUGACAUUGUUCGGGAGAAGGUGAUUUCACUUCACUUAACAUGCAUAUCUGUUCGUCUGCUGUCGAAGUAUGGCUACAGCGGGAACCAACAAACUGUCUCUGCUCAUCGACGGCAUGUCCAAGGGUGAUUCUGAGGUGGUCACCGGACUGAUUGCAGAGUUGUCAGUCAGAGAGCUUGACACGCUCAUCGAGGUCAAUGCCAAAAACCGUUAUAUGACGCCGCUUCAUUUUGCGACAAUAAACAACAAGUUGGAUGUCGUAAAAUUGCUGCUGAGCAAAGGUGUAGACAUUGCUAGGGGCGAGGGGUGCUACAGCAACUUUUAUGGCUACUUUAUUUGGAAGGAAACUCCAUUGCUUAGUGCCCUGUGCCACGGUAAGCCUAUAUCGCUGAUUCAAACAUUGCUGGAACACGGCGCGGACCCACAGUACGACGAGAAUCAAGCACGGAUGCUAGAUCCCAGGAUCGGGCGGAUGCAUGGAAGCUAUCCGAUCCAAAUUCCGUUCAACGUGGCACUCAUCAAAGGUAGAUAUAUUUUUGAACUUAUUCUGCGGUAUUCCGAUGUCCAACGAACGUUUGGUAGCGGUCAGCACACUUGUCUCUGUUAUGCGAUAAAACACUACCUCGAGGUGUCGUGUUCAUCGUUAACCAUUGAGUUUAUACGAAUGAUUCUUCAACGAGGCGGGGUUCUGUGUAACGGCAGUUGUAACAACUUCGCAGAGGAGGCAGGCAUUAUCAGUUCUGAUGGCAGGUGCAGCAUCGUCAUCAAGUGCCUGCACGCUAUCAUCACCGAUGACAUUGACAGUCUUCACGGGUUUCAUUGUACGAGCAGCAAGGCCGCAAUGAAAUGCCUGGAGCUGGUAUGCACCUCGGACUACUUGCGUACGGGUUCCUGUCUGUUCCAAACACUGGAGACCUUCCGCAAUUACAGACUUCGAGGACACGGCGAUGAUGGCGUUGACCACGCGGGAGAACGCAAUCAGUUAUCGGACGUUGUGAUGCACAAGCUUCGCUGGAUUCAGUCGUUCACUCAGCAGCCUUCGACUUUGAAACACAUCUGUAGGGUGUGGGUGAAAAGGCUGAUACCUAACAUCACCAGGGAGAUAGUUUUAGAUCUGCCCAUCCCAGAAGAGUUAAUGGCGUAUUUGAACAAUGAACCUUGACAAUAAAUGUACUAAAUAAUCCGAGAAAUACUAUUUUGUGCUCAACAUUAUGAAAGUAAAUAAAUUUGAUGAUAUACCACUAUAUGAUUAUUUGGCAAUCAAACAUAUUUUAUCAUUUUGUUUAUUGUAACAUUUUACUUUUAUUUUUGAUUAUUUGUCUUCCCUAUUUGGGCAUAAUACUCAGAUGUUUAAUUGUUUGUUGCAAUUUCAACGAUUGAAAACUUAGCCAUACAUAUUACCUUAGUGUAUUAAACAUAUUAAAUAGGUUUAAAACAGUAUGUCUCAGCAUAUUGUUGUAUGUUGCAUAUUAUUAUUGUGACAUUUAAGGAUCGAUAAUUUGUAUGUGAUAAUUUAUAAGAAUCAAUUCUCUAAAAUGAGGUAUGUGUGAGUUUGAGCUUUUGUACAGAUAAAUGCAUGUUUUAUUACCAUAUCAUAAACUAAAUACAAAAGCAGUUCUUAUUAUAAGAGACGUAUUUAUAAAAAAUAGAAAACAACUCAUAAUAGAGCAACACCAAUUAAUAAUCUGAAAUGAUAUAUUGUUUAAAGAAACAUAAAUGCUUUCACAAUUAAGAUGGAUCAACGAUUCAUUUGCAAACAGGAAGACAAUGAUCCAGUUCGUAUGUUAAGCAUAAAAAUAACGUAAAACUUUUCAAGUAUUUCACCAAUCAAUCGCAUAUCCAGAUCAUAUUAUUAAAUCAGUAUGCAUGUGAUAUUUCAAUGAAUAUCUCUAUGUCUUUAGCUCGCCUGAACACAACGUGCUAAUGUUGAGCAUUUGUGAUCGCCGUUUUGUCGUCCGUCGUCGAAAUUUGCUUCCGAAUACUCUAAAGGCCUUAUAUGUUGCCCAAUCAUCUUGAAACUUGCUCUGACAAUUAGUUCCUAUGAUAUCUUGGUCGUGUUCGAAUCUGGGUCACAUAUAAUAAAAACAAGGUUACAUAGUCAACUUUAAGACUAGUCUUGUGAACUCUCCAGAGGCCACAUUAAUGGCCCAAUCUUCAUUAUAUUUGGUCAGAAUGUUUGUCUCAAUCGGAUCUCGGCCGACUUUCAUAAUGGUUGCGUUCCAGGCAAGGAGCGGGAGAGGGUUAACAUUACGGCUAUAGUGACUCCUUUUGGACAUUCUCCUAGUCUUAUAUUUUGCCCAAAUAAUCAUGAAUCUUGCACGGAACAAUGAUAUAUCGACCGUUGUACCGGUCUAAUGAAAAUCAUGGCCGCCAGAAUGCGGGUAGUUUUCCGUUCAAAUUAGCUAUAAAGUUUGUAAAUACUCAAGGCCACAUUAUAUUUCCAAAUCUGUAUGACACCUGGUCAUAGCAUUUGUCCCAAUACUAUUUCGAACGAGUUUCAAACUGGGUCACGAGUGGUUUAAACUAGUUUUCUUUGUCAAAAUGAAAGAUUAAAUUGUGAACACUCUAUUGUCCCCUUUCAUUGUCAUAUAGUCAUGAAACAUGGUAAGAACUUUUUUCAAAUGAUUUUUCGGUUGAAUUCGAAACUACGAAAUUGAAUCAUAUGGAAAAGUUAUAUUACAAUGUCAAAUUUAAACGAGAGAUGUGUUUGUCAGAAACACAAUGCCCCCUAUUGCGCCGCUUUAAAGCCAUAAAUUUUACCUUUGACCUUGAAAGAUGACAUUGACCUUGACCUUUCACCACUCAAAAUGUGCAGCUCCAUGAGAUACAAAUGCAUGCCAAAUAUCAAGUUGCUAUCUUCAAUAUUGCAAAAGUUAUUGCAAAACAUUAACCUUGGUUAAAGUUUUGGGACACACACAUACAAUGACUGACUGACUGACACAAUGACAGACAGACAGGCCAAAACAAUAUACCCCCGAUCUUUCGAUCCGGGGGUAUACAAAUGCUUGUGAACACUUAAGAGGCUUAAUUUGUAGUUGAAAGUUGAGUAUUAUUUAUUCACACAAGUGUUUUCAACUUUCUUUGACAUGGUUCAUAUAAGGUAUUGUCAAGAAGCUACUAUCUUAAGACAAAACGAAGACAUCUAAUUUUUACAAGAGCUACUUUGUUCUCGCUGCGAAUUUUAUACGGCAUCUUGUCGAGUAUAGCUGACCCUAAUUAACGUUUAUACCUCUCGUGACAUUUGCCUGAUUGUAAAAUUUUUACCAAUUGCUAUUUCUUUAAUAAAACGUUCAGAAGAACUUCUUUUUAACGAACUCGCGUCCCAAGAUAAAGAAAUGUAUUAGAACAAAAUAAGUUUACAAGAAUUUCAAAAUGGAAAUGUAAUUGUAUUGCUAACCGUGGCCAAUAAACUUUUGAGAAGCAAUAGCGAAGAAACUAAUAUACUAAAGGCUUGGACUCACAUAAAUGGACCGUGCUCUGUGCAAAGGGGGUUUAAUGCAUGUGCGUUAAGUGUCGUCCCAGAUUAGCAUGUGAAGUCCGCACAGGCUGAUCAGGGACGAAACUUUCCUCCUUAAUUAGAUUUUGCUUAGAAGAGACUUUUUUUUUAACGAAAAAUAUCAUAAAGGCGGAAAGUGUCGUCCUUGAUUAGCCUGCGCGGACUGCACAUUCUAAUCUGGGGCGACACUUACCCACAUGCAUUAAACCCCCUUUUCACAGAGCACGGCUCAAAUCUUCAGAAACAUUUAUCAUAGUCAUCGUUAAGUAUUGAUAAAAGUAUAAAGCGUUGGAAUUGUGAAAAGAUCGAACAAUUUGUAAAGUUCUGCUGUUAUAUUUGUAGUUUGCGAUAUUGCGUGGAUUGCUUACAUAUGGUAUAAAAUAAUAAGUUUCUUAUAGUAUCACGGAUGGCUGAGUCGUUUUUGCGCUAGGCCUUUACUCCAAGGGUCAGUGGUUCAAGCUAGUAUUUUCUGUUUUUCGUUCUUUAAUUAUAUUAUUGUUGUAUACAGGAGCUAUUAAGCUCCGAUGUCUACGUUUAUCAAUUUAAAGACACACUUUAAAACAUGCCGAAAUCUGUGAAAAAGUCCAACAGGGAGUCAUGCGACAAAAAUGUGAAACUGCAAGUUGCUUGAUAUCUGUACUUUUAGUAACCACAAAUUCUGUUUGGCAUGUAAUUUCGAAUUGUUUCAUUGAACGUCAUUCGUCAAACUGGAAUGGAUCCAAAUAAUAAUAAAGGUAGUUGGCCUUUUUAGUAUCGAACUAUUUUUUAAUGAUUUGUAAUGAAUAUUGGCGUUGUUGCGGCUGGUCUUAAUGUUUGUGAAGAACUGUUGCCUUUUGAUGCAAAACAAAUGAUGUAUUAUAAUAUGAAUUACAUAAUAUCGUGGAUCCAUAAUUUUUGGCGUUGUUCAUAGCCAUGCAGGUUUCAAAUAUACUGCCUUGUUCUUUUAUUUGUUCUAUAUCAAUGAUAUCUACAUGCAUUUUACACCGCUUGAAACUAGGACUGCACAUAAUGAUAUUUUUGUUGCGCACAAUAUCGUCGUACGCUUACUUUUUUGGAGUGUUCGUUUAUUUCACUUGCUCUAAAGUCAUCCUACUAUAUACUCAGUUUCGAUAAACAUUCGCGUGUGAAACAAGCACACGGCACUUGUACAUGUAGCACAUCGUGCGGAUGUAUUGCGAUCGCCUUCCCAUUUUCCCAUAUUUCACAGUUCAUAUUCUUAUCUUUACACUUGUUUUAGCCCUUAUAAAGAACGCUAUAUAACUGUGAAUGGUCUGUUAACUUUAGAUACUUGCUAAGAUAUAAGCAUAUAGCCAUGAAAAUUGCAGUGUUCUGUUUUGUUGUAGCAAUUGACUCACUGCUAUGCAUGAGCCCCGGGGUGUCGGGUGUAGACGACGCCUGCAGAGACAUUGACUCCCAAGCCUGCGUCCUCAUGGCACAGAGGAACUCCGGCCUCUGUCAAGAUCAGGUUUUAAGUCGAACGGCCUGUCCGAAAUUCUGUAAAAUUUGCCCUCUCGAAUGUUACCAUUGUGAGGUGUCAGUCCGCGACUAUAUGGAGUGUAACACGACCACGGCCUGUGACGUUAACCAGCAAUGCAUGCUGCAGAAGUUGCAUUCCUCUCUAGACGAACACGAUGAGUAUGUCAUGGGCUGUGCCAGCCGUCAGCUCUGUGAUGGUGGAGGGCUUACGCUAUCAUUUUGACGCCGAGCGCUGCACGAGAGAAACGUUGCAGUCACAUGCUGCGAUACCGACAGGUGUAAUCUUCCAACAGAAUCAUCCAG